AACAGUUCACUUAGUUUGUUGUACACUUCAGACAGCACAAGGACUCUGGUUUACUUUACCUCCUGGUAAUUUGUCCAAGCUAACUCACCAUAUGAUGAAUAACAUUAAGUGUGUGGUGGUGGGAGAUGGGUCUGUGGGUAAAACAUGUAUGCUCAUCAGCUAUACAUCCAAUGCCUUCCCUGGAGAAUACAUCCCCACAGUGUUUGAUGGUUAUUCUGCCAAUGUACUGGUGGAUGAGAAUCCAGUGAACCUGUGUCUGUGGGACACAGCAGGACAAGAGGACUACGACAGACUCAGACCUCUGUGCUACCCUCAGACGAACGUGUUUCUGCUUUGCUUUUCUGUCGUCAGUCCAUCUUCCUUCCAGAAUGUGGUACCAAGACAUAAAUGGAUCAAAGAGCUGCAACACCACAGCCCUGCGACCCCUAUAGUUCUGGUGGGCACCAAGGUGGACCUGAGGGAUGACAGUGAGACCAUUGAAGCUCCGGAGAAGAACAAACUGACUCCAAUCACCACUGUGCAGGGCUUUGCUAUGGCGAAAGAAAUCGGUGCAGUGAAGUACAUGGAGUGCUCCGCUCUGACGCAGCGCGGCCUCAAGGCUGUGUUUGAUGAAGCCAUCAGGGCGGUCAUGCUGACCCCCGAAGUCCGGAAAAAACGCAGGUGCCAGAUACUCUGAUGGAGAUCCAUGUGAGCCAUGAGUCAGAAUUCCCACAAAAAUCAUCGUUUUUACAAACAGAGAAGAUGUCAAAUUUCAUUUAAUGAAAAAAUGUCCAGCUGUCCUGUUCUCCUGCUUUUCUGGUUGCUUUGGUCCUUUCAAAGUGACUAAGGAUGUGAUUUCUUUUUCAAUAAACAUGGUGACAAAACCUGCUUCCAGUUUUCUUUUAGGUUGAACCUAUAAGAAAAUUGGUAACAGAGUAGAAAACAAUUUAUGAAGAUGGGAAAUAUUGCAUCUGAUUAUCUGGAGGUUGGAUGUGGAGUACCUCAUGGCUCAGACCUGGGACCAGUUUUAUUUCAUUUGUAUGAAGCAAAGUGUUUAAGGUAUUAAGGUAUUAAACACAAAUAUUCUAGUCUCUGGUAAAAACUCACCUCAGAAAUUAGAGAAUUAAAGAAAUAGUUUGACAAUAGUAAAUUAUCACUACAUUUGGAAUCAUAUUUAAAACAUCUAAUAAACUGCUACCUGAGCUCACACAGAACAUGUGUGAAAGAGAAGGGAAUAAUCGAAGAAGUCACUCAAACUGAAGGAUUUGGAACAACAAGAAAAAGCUUUUCUGUUUCAAUUCAUGGUGUGAAAUUAUGGAACAAGUUAAAUGAGGAGUUAAAACAAAGUCAAAACAUAAUACAAUUUAAAAGGAAAUAUUUACACAAGAUAUAGAAAUAAGGCUGAGAGACAGCACUAAUGUGUAUGUCUAUAUAAAUUUAGAAGUAUGUAAACCCAGAUAGAAUAGAACAUUAAUUAAUCUAUGUUUAUUUUUAUUUAGUUAUUAUUUAAUAAUGGAAGGUCCACCUGAAAGUAUUUUAUGAGUUUAUAGGAUAGCAGUUCAUCGGCUUUUCACUCCUUCCUACUGCUUUUCAAGCUUGAUAAGAUUAUUGUAGUACAGC